UCGUCUUCUUGGAUGUGGCGCACGCAUCGGGAAGUGGGAGAAUCCAUGUAAUAAAGGGAUCUGAAGGAUAAUCUUCACGACAUAUCUAUAUUCUCUGAAAUUCAGGCGCGGUCGAAGAAAGGCCUGAUAUACCCGGUGGAGCUAUGCCUGAUCCUAGUCAUCUGCCAUCUGCAGAGAUGCAGUCACAGCAGCAGUCUCAACCGCAACAGCCUCCACAGAUUGACAAGGCAGAGCUAGCCUUAUACGAGCGCCUGAAGAAGGAGCAUCGGGAUAUGAUGACGAAGAAGCGGAUUUUGGAGAAGAACGUUAGCAUUAUUGAGGACCAAAUAUUCAAGUUUGAAGGCGCGUACUUGGAGGACACACCGAAUGGCAAUAUCAUCAAGGGAUUCGAUAACUACUUGAAAGCCGGUAGUUCGAGCUCUUUACACGGUGGAAGUAACGCGCUGAAGCGUCGUGCAACUUAUACAGACAGUGACCGCCUGUUUUCCUUGAGCUCUUGCACAUACACAAAGUCGCUGCAGAAGGAAGCAGAAGUACAUGAGGAUUCAGGAACUGGCCGGCAAAACUCCGUUCCACCGGCCGCGUCGACAUCGAAACAGCCAAAUAAGAAGAAGAAACGGAAGAAAGAUGAUCACUCGAGUUCAGACUCUGACGAUUCGCCGGCGGUGUCUACAUUGCCGAAACGGCUGAAACUGCAAGUGAAAGGAGAUGAUUGAUGAGUAGUCUGGAGUUCGGGACAAAGAGAUGGUAAUGGUGUACGAUAAGUGUGUGGGAGG